AUGGCCGCACUCCGCCUCCCCUCCCCGUCGGCGGCGAGGUUGUCCCACCUUCCAACCCUGGUGUCCGCCUCCGCCGCGGCGCGUCGGGUCUCGCCCUCGCCAUCUCGCGGCGCGGCGGGCCAAGGGGAGGACACGCCGGAGCCGCCGGUAAGGACGCUGCUGAUCGACAACUACGACAGCUACACCUACAACAUCUUCCAGGAGCUGUCAGUCGUCAACGGCGUGCCGCCCGUGGUCGUGCGCAACGACGAGUGGACGUGGAGGGACGUCUUCAACCGGGUGUACAAGGACCGGGCCUUCGACAACAUCGUCAUCUCGCCUGGCCCUGGAUCUCCGGCUUGCCCCGCCGACAUAGGUGUAUGUCUGCGCAUACUUUUGGAGUGUGGAGAUGUACCCAUCUUGGGUGUCUGCCUUGGCCACCAGGCCCUGGGAUUUGUACAUGGUGCUAAGAUUGUUCAUGCUCCAGAAGCUAUACACGGGCGACUCAGUGAGAUUCAGCAUGAUGGAUGCUACCUCUUUAAUUGUGUUCCAUCAGGUACAAACUCUGGCUUCAAGGUAGUGAGGUAUCAUUCACUUGUAAUAGAAUCUGGUUCUCUGCCUGAUGAUCUUACAUCAAUUAUGUGGACUGCUUCUCCAAAUUUGCUUUCUUACCUUGAAAGACAUGCUAGUGAGUCAGAUGAUAGCCGAGUUAUCAUGGGCAUCAGGCACUCUAGCAGGCCUCAUUAUGGAGUGCAGUUUCAUCCAGAGAGCAUUGCUACUCAUCACGGAAGACAGAUUUUCCGAAACUUUAAGAAGAUAACAGGAGAUUUUGGAUUGUGCUCAUCAUGGCUUCAGGAAAGAAAGGUCAAUUCUGCAAGCCAUCGUGAUUCUAUCCCUAAGGACUUGUUGCGUACUGAAACAAUGGAACUUUCGGAGCCUGUACUUGGAAAGAGAGGCAUUGGGAAAAAGUGUUUACGAUUACGAUGGAAGAAGAUUGAAAAUUUCCUGUGUCCCACAGUUGGCUCUGAAGACAUAUUUGUGGUGCUUUUGGCCAUCAAAGCGGUGAAGACACGUUUUGGUUGGAUAGCUCAUCAGUUGACCAGGGCACGUUUUUCAUUUAUGGGUGGCAAAAGUGGGUCCCUGUGGAAGCAAAUGACAUUCCACCUAUCUGGUCAAAGAGCCAAUUGUGGAGGAACGCUUAUUACCCAAGAUGCUUAUGGUUAUACUGCCAAAAACUUCAUCAAAGAGGGCUUCUUGGAGUUCCUUAACAAGGUUUCUACAGUCACAACUAUGUUCUUAUCGAUGUCUUCCUUUCCUGGUAGUUCAGUUUCAUUGUUAUCUAGAUUUCUAAAUGCUAAUCCUGUUUCACAGUGCUCAUAUGCUACUGCUAUAUUUUCCAUUUUGCAUGUGCUCAACUUCACCAGUGAAAAAGAUCAGGCUGAGAACUUGAUGAUUGUUGACCUCUUAAGAAAUGAUCUUGGCAAGGUUUGCAAACCAGGGAGUGUGCAUGUCCCUCGUCUCAUGGACGUAGAAUCAUAUAAAACUGUCCACACCAUGGUGAGUACCGUCCGUGGAACAAAGAAGUCAAAUCUAAGCCCUGUUGAUUGUGUGAAAGCAGCCUUUCCAGGUGGUUCAAUGACUGGGGCCCCGAAAGUUAGAUCAAUGGAGAUCCUUGAUUCACUUGAAACUAGUCCAAGAGGUGUGUACUCAGGAUCGAUUGGGUUCUUUUCAUAUAACCACACAUUCGAUCUGAACAUUGUGAUUAGAACAGUUAUCCUGCAUGAUGGAGAAGCCUCAGUAGGGGCAGGUGGGGCGAUCGUAGCACUGUCAAACCCAGAAGCAGAAUACAACGAAAUGUUGCUUAAAGCAAAAGCACCAACAAAGGUGGUUGAGGAUUUCAUUGAAACAAUUUACAGCUCGGAUCGAUCGGAUUCGAUGCAGACAACCAUAAGCUAG